GGUCCAGUCCACGUCGAGGCGAUCAAGCUCAUCAACUUACUGCACCAACAGGUUAUCCUGGACUUGCUCCUGGUCCUCCAGAUAGACCUCAUGCUUCUGUAAAAGGGACCCUUGAAAUACGUUCUCAGCAACCUCUUAAAGUCAAAUGGGUGCAUAUGGAACUGAAAAAGAUCGAAAGCGUACCAGGAUCGCCACCGUUUGUGGACCUCGUAGGUUCAAAACCGACCGUACUCUGGGAACCUCAAAAUUCAGAAUUUGGCAUUUUGCAGUCGGAAAACAUACAAUUUGACAUUCGCAUUCCAGAGUCCAUACCACCUACUGUUGUGCUGGACAACGGGAGGGGAUUAUUGCGAAAGGAGACCUCUCCUCUCUCAACGGCAUCCUGUGAAGUCGUAAUCCUCAAGCAUGAAUUGCACUCUACCUGGCCAGUUUACGCACAGCCUGAAGUCAGAGAAACAAGGAGGGACGGAUUAACACUGGUCGUGUCACGUAAGAGAACAUGUCUGGGCUCCGGGG